GGUGACCUUUCCAAUGUGUGAAUCGACUGCCACUAGUUACCAGAGGAGUAAAUACCAAAAACCUACAACUACAACCCAUAGAAAAAAAUCUGCACCAACCAUAUUUGAUGUACCAGGACUGCCAAAUGGCCACCAGAAGAGAACGUGCAUAUCAAGUGUUUUUCAAGAAUAUUGCAAGAAAAUUGUGAACUCAAGACCAACCAGAAUCACCAAAAGUUGUGUACUCAAGACCAACCAGGAGAAAAAUUAUACAACCAGGAUCAUAAGAAGUUAUAUACUCAAGACAAACCAGAAAAACAAUUGGACGACAUGUAUAAAAUGCAGAUGA